AUGGCACCAACAGGAAAGGCUGCUUAUCAUAUAAGGGGGAGUACCAUUCACAAUGCUAUGAAGAUAGCAGCCAACCAGAAGCUGGAAUAUAGGCCCCUACCAUCCAGUACAUUAAACACAUUCAGAAAUUUGCUUGGUGAUGUUAAACUGAUCUUUAUUGAUGAAAUCUCCAUGGUUGGCUUCAGAAUGUUUCACUUUAUCCAUCUUCGCCUUCAGGAGUUAAAACAGUCGAAAGAAGACUUUGGUGGUAUCUCAAUUAUUGUUAUAGGAGACCUUUUCCAGCUUAAACCAGUCCAUGAUUCGUACAUUUUUCAGCAGCCAAACAGUUCGUAUAUGCCAUUAGCAACAAGUCUGUGGUUUGAACAUUUCCCUAUGUACGAGCUCACACAAAUAAUGAGACAAAGAGAAUGUAGAGAUUUUGCCUUACUUCUGAACAUACUACGUGAAGCAAAUAAUCAGUUACCAAAUAUUGUGCAGUUAGUUGAGGGAUGUGUGUAUGACCUUACUGUCAACUUGGACACAACUGAUGGUCUCACCAAUGGUGCAACUUGCACUGUGAUGAAGUUCAAUCGUAGUAGCAAUAACCCAGUCGGCCCUGUAUGGGUUAAGUUCAAUGACGAUCAAGCAGGACAGAGUUUACGCACAGGUGCCACAAUGAGAAAUUUUGACAGGUCAUGGACACCAUUACCACCAGUUUCACGUCAGUUCCCAGCUGGAUACAAAGGUCAAGCACAGGUACAACGACUUCAGUACCCACUUAGACCAGCUGCAGCAAAAACUAUCCAUAGGUCGCAGGGUGAUACAAUGGACACUAUAGUUGUAGACUAG